AUGGGCAUGGAACUCACAGAUUUGCUACAGAUCUCAACAUACCCAGUGCCCACUGCCUCUGCAAACUCCGACCUGGGAAGCCUACAAGAAGGUUUGAGGAACACCAGUAAACGAAAGCUUGUGAGAGAGUGUGAUUGCGGCGAGAGUAUAGACAAAGUUGAGGCCGACGACGAAAGCAGAAUAAUUAUCUGCAGACGAAAAGGCUGUGAGACAUUGUGGUACCAUCUUCCGUGCAUUGGACUGGAUCGUGGUAUCAACGACUGGGUUUGUGACCCAUGCAAGAGUGUAGAAAAAAGCAGAGGAAGGGGCGGCAAACAAAGGCGCACAGUGUAA